AUGAAGUUCACAAUUAGCUUGUUUGUAGCUCUUAUGAUGGCCAUCUCAGUUCAAAGUAGUUUACCCUAUACAUGCCUGGCUGAAAAGGACAAGCCAGAGGGCAGUUGCGUAGCAAGCAAUGAGGAUGAUCAAGGAACUCUCACCUAUUUUGUUACUCUCGCCACUCCUGUCGACAGCAAGUUUUCUUGUGAGAAGGUGAAAGUCGGAGAAAAGCCUACAACAGAUACUGCUUGUUGCGCUACCGGCACCACACCAUCGGGUGGAGCCCCGGAUCCCAAGGGCAUGAGCAAAGAUGAUUACAACAAAAAGUGUGGAAAGGCCGAUCCUAAGAGCAGUGCCGGCGGCGGCGACCCGAAGUGA